AUGGAUAAAAUUAAUUUCACUAUAAACGGUAUAUCGUAUAGCCUGUGCGGUGCCGAAAUAGGCUCCAACACGACAUUAAACGAAUUUAUACGAGACACCCUGCAGCUGCACGGCACCAAGCGCAUGUGUUUUGAGGGCGGGUGCGGCGCAUGCGUCGUCUCUGUCACCCAAACGCAUCCAGUCACCAAGGAGAAGAACACCUUCUCUGUUAACUCUUGUCUCGUUCAUGUCCUAUCAUGUCACGAUUGGGAGAUCACCACGGUGGAGGGGGGGAACCGCAAGGAUGGCUAUCAUCCAAUACAGAAACAGCUAGCUGCCUUCAACGGAACCCAGUGUGGGUAUUGCACCAGCGGAUGGGUGAUGAAUAUGUACAGUUUAUACCAAAGUAUACCUGAACAACUUACUAAACAACAAUUGGAAGACUUGUUUGGUGGUAAUUUGUGUCGUUGUACAGGCUACAGGGCAAUCCUAGAUGCACUUAUGACCUUUGCUAUCGAUGCAGACCCAACUCUGAAGAACAAAGUGCAGGACAUAGACGGCCUGACCAGUUCACCGUGUGACAGAAAAUGCAGCCGCAAAUGCAGCGAGUCUGAUUGGUGUCUCAUACACAAAACUCCGCAAAGGAUGAUGAUGAUGGCAACAACUGAAGGUCGAUGGUACAAGGCAUUCUCGAUUGAAGAUGUCAUUCAGAUUUGGAAACGCGACGGUAUCGAUAGUUAUAGACUGGUAUCUGGUAAUACUGGGCAAGGGGUAUAUCGAGAUACAACAGAGCCAAGGGUCUUCAUAGAUAUAUCGACAAUAGACACCCUUAAGAGUUAUUUCUUAGAUGUCAACCUGGUCAUCGGAGCUGGCAUGUCACUUACAGAAUUGAUGAAGGUCUUUCAAAGUUAUAGCUGCAGCGAAGAUUUCAAAUAUCUUGACACGUUUUAUAAGCACUUGGAUUUGGUUGCGCAUGUGCCAGUUCGAAAUAUCGGUAGCAUCGCUGGCAAUAUAGCCAUGAAGAAUGCACACCCUGAGUUCCCUUCCGACGUGUUCCUUCUCCUGAGAACCGUUGGAGCUACUAUUACUUUAGUAAACACAAACUUGAAAAAAACGGAGUUAAAUAUGGAAGAUUUCGUAAAUACGGACCUUCGAGGUAACUUAAUUACAAACGUAAAACUACCUCCACUUGCGGCAGAUAACCUAAUAAGGACUUAUAAGAUUAUGCCACGUGCCCAAAACGCUCACGCUAUAGUCAACGCUGGAUUCCUGUUCACAGUAGACUCGGCCCAAAAAGUCGAAUCUGCGAAUAUAGUUUACGGCAACAUAAGUUCUACAUUCAUCAAUGCUAAGGCCACAGAGGCCGCUCUGGUUGGUUUAGAGUUAUUCAAUGAUGAUACUCUGAAGACAGCGUUGAAAAAAUUGGAUGAAGAAAUAAUACCUGUGAACAUGCCUCCAGAGUCCUCGCCGUCUUGCAGAAAGGAUAUUGCUUUAGGGUUGUUUUAUAAGGCGAUGCUUUCUCUAGCUCCAUCAGUGAAUCCCCGAUACAAAUCUGGCGGCACGAUUCUGGAGCGCGCCGUGUCGCACGGCACCCAAGUGUACGACACAGAUAAAUCGCUGUGGCCCUUAAAUAAAGCAAUGCCGAAGGUUGAAGCUCUAAAGCAGUGUGCUGGCGAAGUUAAGUACGCGUGUGAUCUACCUUUGGAGCCGCAAGCUGUUCAUGUAGCCUUUGUAUUAUCCACCAUUUCUUUGGGAGAAAUCGUGAACAUCGACGCAACAGAAGCUCUGAAAGUUCCGGGCGUCGUGGCGUUCUACACAGCUGCAGACAUCCCCGGCAAGAACUCAUUUACAUCACUCGACGUGCCCAACAUGGUAGCCGAGGAAGAAAUAUUUGCCUCCAAAGAGAUAAAAUACUACGGGCAACCAAUAGGUGUGAUUGCAGCUACGACUCAUCGAAUAGCAAUCUCAGCAGUAGGGCUUGUGAAGGUCACAUACAAAGAGUCGACAGUGACGCCAGUGUUGAGUGUUAAGGAGGCUUUGGCUGCGCCCGAUAAGGAUCUUAGGGUUCGUGAAGAUGUAACACACACUCCAACAAGAAGAGGUGCAGACAUAAAGCACGUGAUCAAGGGUAGUUUCACGGUGCCUUCCCAGUAUCACUUCACGAUGGAGACGCAGUGCUGCACCGUCAGCUACUCCUCCACUGCGCUCGUGGUCAGGUCCUCUACGCAGUGGAUGGACAUCGUCAAUGUGGCUAUAGCACGGGCUUUAAAUAUAAAUGAAAAUGAGGUAGUAGUGGUAGUGCCGCGGCUUGGCGGGGCGUACGGCGCAAAGGCGUCGCGCUCUUCACUGGUGGCGUGCGCGUGCGCACUAGUUGCGCACAAGCUGAACCGCAGCGCGAUGCUUGUCAUGCCACUUACAACCAACAUGACGGCGCUUGGCAAAAGACAGCAGUGCGAGUGCUAUUAUGAGGCCGGCGUCAACGACGAGGGUGUGAUCCAGUACCUAGACGUACAAUACUAUUCAGACUGCGGGUACAACUACAACGAUACAUCAACUAGCGAGCUAGGGAACUCUUUGACUAAUCUAUACGACAGUUCUACUUGGAACGUCAAGGGUUACAGCGUUCUCACCGAUAUGGCUGGAGCUACUUGGUGUAGGGGACCAGGCACAACAGAAGGCAUUGCGAUAGCAGAACAAAUCAUGGAGCACAUAGCAAACGCGACUGGCAAAGACUCGGCUGACGUCAGAACAGCCAACAUUGCGACACCAGUUAGCGUAGUCAAGGACAUGGUCACCACAUUUAAAGAAGAGAUUGAUUAUGUCAACAGGAAAACUGCUAUAGAUACAUUUAAUAGUGAGAAUGCUUGGAAGAAGAAGGCAUUGAGUCUAUCGGCUAUGGCAUGGCCUUUAAAAUAUUCCUGGAACUUCCCUGUAACAGUAUCUGUGUACCAAGCAGACGGUACGGUAGCUAUAUCUCAAGGUGGUAUCGAAGUAGGACAAGGAAUCAACACCAAAGUUGCCCAAGUCUGUGCUUAUACUCUUAACAUACCACUUAAUAAAGUCGUGGUGCAUGGCAGUGACAGCUUUGUUUCUCCAAACACGAUGGUUACUAAUGGCAGUAUGACGAGUGACCUCGUAGCCUACGCUACUGUCAAGGCUUGUAAAGAACUGCUGAGGAGAUUCGAAGAUGUUAAAAAGGAUCUGACCGAGCCCACUUGGGAGGAGGUCGUUAAGGCUGCUUUUAAUAAAGGAAUAAACUUACAAGCAUCACACAUGACGUCUCCUCUCGAUGGACUAGUAGACUACGACGUAUAUGGAGUAUGCGUAUCAGAAGUGGAACUAGACGUUCUCACUGGAAACCACAUCCUCACCAGAGUUGAUCUGCUAGAAGACACGGGGAUCAGCUUAAAUCCUGAGAUUGAUGUUGGACAGAUCGAAGGCGCCUUCAUAAUGGGCGUCGGUUUGUGGACAUCUGAAAAUCUGAUCUACGAUUCUACGGGCAAUCUGCUGACCAACAGAACUUGGACAUACAAGCCUCCUUGUGCCAAAGAUAUUCCUGUGGACUUCAGGGUGUAUUUUAGAAGAAAUGCACCAAAUCCUGCUGGUGUUUUGAGGUCAAAAGCGACUGGUGAGCCCGCGUUGACGCUAGCGGUGGGGGUGUCACACGCGCUGCGGAAAGCGAUCCUCGAGGCGCGCAAGGAGUUCGGAUACAACGACACCGAGUGGCUGCAUAUUGAUACGCCGUUGACCGUCGACAACAUCAUGAAAGCGCUAUCUAUUAAAUAUGAUAAAUUUAAACUAUCUUAGGGGCAGGUAAUAGUUAUGACUAAAAAGGGAACUAUUGAAAAUAACAUAUGGAACGGUUUUAUAUUUUAUUUUAAUAUAAUCUAAAAUACCUUAGAAUAUGGACCAAUACAUUGCUAUAUUGUAAAGUACAGCCAGCCUCAAAUUAAUGAAUGAGUAGAUAAAAAUCAAAUGUAUGUAUUGCGAAGUAAUAUAUGGAACCUUUCUUUCGACUUAUAAAUAGAUUAAUUUGAGGUUGAGCGUACAUUAAUAUACAUUUAUAUGUAAAAAUAUAUUUCCAAGAUGUUUUUAUUGAA